AUGCCCUACAGAAACAAGGGUAGGCCGAGUCUGAGCCAUGGCUUAGAUAAAGAGAUCUACCAGAUUGUGCGCAAAAUCGCAGACGAGCAGCAGGCUGAGAAAGGAAAACCCCGACUUACUACCUAUUCCAUAUACGAUACGAUCAAAAAAUCAAACUCGAGUUUGAAUCGAAAACCGAAGAAAUUGCUCGAAGACAGCAUUGAGCGUGUACUAGAAGUAAUUCAAAGUGAUUUAGCUGGUGACGACGAGUCGGAUUCUGUGAAUGGGGAUUUUGAAGGGCUAGAAGAUGAGAAGGUGGAUCAGGUGGUGGAAUCCAAUGGUUUGAACAGGAGCAUUGUCGGUGCCUGGUCAACAUCUGCGAAACCGUCACCUACUCCUCGAAAAGGAAACGAAUCAUCUACAGUUGAAGGCUCUACGCAAUCUACCGGGUCCAAAAGACGUCAAAAUGCAGGCGAAUCAGUUCCUAAACGAAGAAAGGCGGAUCACACUAUAGACAAAUCACCACCGACUCAUGUCAGUUUAUCGGAUCUCGGUGGCAUGGACGAAAUAUUGCAGGACCUAGGAGAUUUAAUUAUAUUGCCCAUGACACGGCCACAAAUAUUUACAUCAUCUAAGGUGCAACCUCCACGCGGUGUAUUGCUGCAUGGACCGCCAGGAUGCGGUAAGACCAUGCUUGCAAAUGCCUUUGCUGCCGACUUGGGCGUCCCUUUCAUCUCUAUAUCCGCUCCAUCUAUCGUUUCCGGUAUGUCUGGUGAAUCCGAAAAGGCUCUUCGCGAACAUUUCGACGAGGCAAAGAAGGUCGCUCCGUGCUUGAUCUUUAUCGAUGAAAUCGACGCAAUCACGCCGAAAAGAGAGAGCGCCCAGCGAGAGAUGGAGAAGCGUAUUGUGGCCCAGUUAUUGACCUGCAUGGAUGAUCUGGCAUUGGAAAAGACCGAUGGUAAACCAGUUAUUGUUUUGGCCGCUACCAAUCGACCCGAUAGUCUGGAUCCUGCAUUGCGACGAGGAGGUCGCUUCGAUAAGGAAAUCAACCUCACUGUUCCUUCGGAACCUGUACGAGAGCAGAUUCUUCGUACUUUGACUCGAAAGAUGCAGCUUGCGGAUGAUUUGGAUUUCUCAACGCUAGCUAAACGAACUGCAGGAUUUGUUGGUGCGGAUUUGAACGAUCUAGUAUCAACCGCAGGAGCUGCGGCCAUUAAACGAUAUCUUGAAUUGCUCAAAUCAAAUACCGGCGAGGAGAUGGACAUCGAAGACAUGACAGAGCAAGAGGCUACUGAAAAAGUCAAAGAGAUACGCCGUUUAAUCAAGCAUGCCAAGGAAGCGCCAAUUGGACAGGAAAGCAAUCCUGUUCUGGUAUCCAAUGCAGAUUUCUUCACAGCACUGCCCAAGAUUCAACCCUCAUCUAAACGUGAAGGCUUUGCAACCAUUCCAGACACUACAUGGGCGGAUAUCGGUGCUCUUGGUGGGAUUCGGGAUGAAUUGGUCACGGCAGUGGUUGAUCCCAUCAAGAAUCCAGAAAUAUAUGCCAAGGUCGGUAUUACAGCGCCUACAGGUGUUUUACUCUGGGGACCCCCAGGUUGCGGUAAGACCUUGCUGGCAAAGGCCGUCGCAAACGAGUCUCGCGCAAACUUUAUUAGUAUCAAGGGUCCUGAACUCUUGAAUAAAUACGUCGGUGAAUCCGAACGAGCAGUUCGUCAAGUCUUUGUCCGAGCCAGGUCUUCUAUUCCUUGCGUCAUCUUCUUCGACGAACUCGAUGCCCUGGUCCCCCGUCGAGAUGACGCGCUCUCCGAAAGCUCAGCACGAGUCGUCAACACACUCUUGACCGAACUGGAUGGGCUAGGAAGCAACCGACAAGGAAUCUACAUCAUUGCCGCCACAAAUCGACCCGACAUCAUCGACCCCGCUAUGCUUCGACCAGGCCGUCUUGAGACCUUGCUCUUCGUCAACCUACCAGGACCAAGCGAACGUGCCGAAAUCCUACAGACACUUGUCCGCAACCUACCAAUAGAGUUCAACGAUCAAAUGCGCGCAUUAGCUGAGAGUUGUGAGGGUUAUAGUGGUGCGGAUAUUGGGAGUUUGUUGCGCAGAGCUGGUUAUUCGGCGAUCAAGAGGAGGGAUAUGAUUCGAUUUGAGGACUUUGUGACUGCGAAGGAGCAUAUUAGACCUAGUGUGACGGAUAUGAGGAAGUAUGAGAGGUUGAGGAGGGAGUGGAGUAGUGGUGUUGUAUAA